AUGGCGACCGCAGCGUGGACAAUCCCAAUCCAAACCCUCAUCGGCCUUGAGAUUGGCGACGAUUUCAACCUGGCUUCGACAUCCGCCGCGAGCCCAGGCGAUGGUGCUGGUACCGCCUAUACCAGCCCGUCCCAAAGCCACAAAAGGAAUGCCUCCGUGGCCGGUUUCGACAGCUCCCCAGCGAGCUUCGAGUCACCCGAUCACAAUGGUGACGAACACAUGCGGGAUGGCAGGCGGAGACCGGUGAAAAGAGCUUGCAAUGAAUGUCGACAGCAGAAGGUGAGCCUUGACGCAAUGGACUACAUGCACACUGCAAGGGCUGCUGGCGGAUAUCGCAUCGUCGCCGAGGCGGUGCCGCCAUCUUUCCUGCUGCCCCUCCUGCGAUGCGAUGUCGUGCAGGAACCUUUUCAAACAUGUACCCGCUGCAAGCGACUCAAUCUCGAUUGCAAAAUCGAGGACAAUUUCAAGAGGAUUGGCAAGAGAUCACGAAAUGCAGAAAUGGAGCGCGAGAUCAUCGAGCUGCGGAAACAAGUAGCUGCACAACAGCAGACAGCGGGUGUGGCAAAUGGGGCUCACACAAGUUCCAGUGCAAACGUGCACGUAUCUCCCUCAGCAGACGGGACCUUUACCUCAGAUGCCGCCGCUGCGGGAUUGCUUGACUUAAGAGGUGGCGGUUCAGGCAGACCUAUCUUCAAGCGGCUAGAAGAGGUAUGCUUGACCAUCGACCGGGCUCAGGAGCUCUUCCAACGUUUCUUCACCUUUCACCACCCCUUUCUCCCUUUCCUCAACCCCGACAGAACUCCGGAUGAAUAUUACGCGCGAUCACCUUUGCUGUUUUGGACGAUCAUUUCAGUGGGCGCGCGGCACUACACGCCAGAGCCCGAUCUAUUUGCAUCUCUGACGGGGCCUGUAAUGCGGCUUGUCUGGUCGACCAUUGCCGAAGUUCCUCAAAAUUAUCACGUUGUCAAGGCUCUCAUCUUGCUGUGUGCUUGGCCUCUACCUACCAGCAGUACAUCGACAGACCCAACCUUCAUGCUCUGUGGGAUGAUGAUGCAGAUUGCUCUGCAGAUCGGCCUACAUCGUCCUACUCACGCCCAAGACUUUUCCAAAUUUCGGGUAGAACUUAGAGAAGUGGAACUGCAAGAUCGAGUGGUGGUUUGGAGCGUUUGCAAUAUUGUCGCGCAACGAAUUUGCACUGCAUAUGGGCAGCCACCUCUCAGCAUCUACGAUUGGACUCUCGGACCAAAGCCGAUUGAGACAAAUCCAAAUUACGAACUCCCGGCUCCCGUCUUGAAUCGGUUGCUGAUAGAAAAAUUCGUCGACAAGGUCUCCCGGACGCUCUACAUGAAUCCAAACGAUCCCGUUGGACUUGCGGCUGAUGCGGAGCGACCUACCUACGUCUCAUUUCUGGCGCACGAGCUGGAGGAGCUUGAGGAUAAAUUACGCAAGGACACAUCACCAAUCACAAAGGUAUACCUCAAGGCGGCCGCUUUGCAUAUGAGAUUGAGUGCCUUCUUCUCGCCGCCCACGCUGCCUUCAUAUCGGGUCGAUAUGUUAAAGCUGUAUUAUGCCACGACUGAUUUCCUCGAGACAUGUCUUAGCUUGGAGUCCAACGUCAGCGUCAACCUACCUUCAAGCUACUCGCACGGCUUGUCGUUGUCGCAUGCUACGAACUAUAUAUUCCACAUGAUGCUCGGUGCUGGCUUUUCCCUUCUCAAACUCAUGCACAACUUUCUGGGCGAACACGAGCUAGACGCCAAAGGAGCAUCUGAACUCCUCUCAAGAACGCUGUGGGCAUUGAGAAGCAUGAGUGUGGUAGAGAACGAUCUCGCGGAGCGCCUAUCGGAAGUUCUGGCUCAAGUUUGGAAAAGCGGAAGAGUGCGCGCAGAGCCAGAUCGGAACAACAUUGGGGAAGGCAUUCCCGACGACAGUUUGCAGCUCAAGGUCAAGUGUCGGAUGUCCAUCUCUGUGGUGUUUGACUCAGUUUGGCAAUGGCGACAGAAUUUUCAUUUCCGUGGUGGGAAACCAUCUGACGUGAGGCAGCGAAAUCCUACCCUCGAGCAACCCGACAAUCAGAUUAUCAUACCGGCAUCAAAUAUAGGCUCGAAGUCGACGGUAAAUGACCCCAUGUUGCCCAACUCUACCAUCGUUCCUGGCAUGGCUGGGAUGGCGACUGGUAUGGUCGAUGAUGUAGGCAUGGACUUUGGCCAGGCGAGCUACGAUGUUUUUGACCCGUUGAAUUGGAUGCUGGAUGGAAUCGUGGAUUUUCCUUACAACUUCAGUAAUGUGCAAGGGAACGAGCUGGCGGGUAUGGAGUCACUUGGCGGAGGGAUAUGA